AUGAUGAUGACUGUUUUGAUAACUGAGGAUCCUGGCACGUCAAUCGAUGUUUACUUAAGGCCGUUGGUUGAUGAGCUCAAAGAUUUAUGGACAAACGGUGUGCGCACGUACGAUAAAUCCACUAGGAAGAUGUUCACUUUGCAGGCAGCAGUUAUGUGGACUGUGAAUUAUUUUUCCACAUAUGCAAUGGUUUCUGGAUGGAGCACAAAGGGUUAUAUGGCAUGCCCCUAUAUGCAAGGAAGAUGUAACUUCUGGUUGGCAUGCCUGAAAGUUUGUUAUCUUGGUCAUCGGAGAUGGUUGCCAUGGGACCACGAGUGGCGGGAAAAGGAUAAAGAGUUCGACGGGAAAACAGAGCGUCGCGUCAGACCUAGAGAAUGGUCCGGUGAUGAGAUCUUGGAACAGCUUAACUGUUUGGAUUUUGCUCCGUUCGGGAAAACAGUUAGUCAGACCAGACCUUUUACACAUUUGAACUGGACGCACAAGUCUAUGUUCUUUGAGCUCCCAUAUUGGUCGAAACUAAAAUUGAAGCACAAUCUCGACGUUAUGCAUGUUGAGAAAAAUGUGUUUGACACAUUGAUGGGUACGAUUCUAGACAUUGAGGGCAAGACAAAGGACAUGAUCAAAGCUCGUCUUGAUUUGGAAAGAAUGGUCAUACGAAGAGGUUUAUGGAUGAACAGGGACAAUGAUAAAGCUAGAAGGGAUUCUUUUUUUUUUUUUUUUUUCUAUGAAACCGAAUGA